GUGAUUCCCUCGUUCUACUGGGGGACUUCAACGCUCAUGUUGGCAGCGACAGUGAAACCUGGAGAGGUGUGAUUGGGAAGAAUGGCCGCCCGGAUCUGAACCCGAGUGGUGUUCUGUUAUUGGACUUUUGUGUGACCAGGCCUUUGUGGAAGAAUGUUCACUGCUGCACUCAUCUUGCAUUUGAUGCAUUUUGUCAACAUCCUCAGUGAAGGACAUAAGUUGUGGUACAUUCCACUUUCCUUCAGCUAUGUUCCUCAGGGCUGUUGCAGAGAUCAACUCGUUCCACUUCUCACGAUGGACAUCUUGGAACUGAGUGGCAUUCCUGACCAGCUCUUCAUUGUUGUUCAUCAAACCUUGUGCUUUCAAGAGUUUGCUGACUUUAACCAGGGAAUUCCCAAGUGGAGUUGCCAGUGAUGGAAUGCAGAAUGUGUUAGUGUCACUAUCAAAGCCACAAGAACAUUUCAUAGCUUUGACCAUCUCCAAGUACUUCUUAGGAUCCACAGAAUCCUCCAUUUUUUUCAAGGUCGUUACUCUCCUGGCAUUAUGAGUCAGUCUUCCUAAUUCCCGCAUCUUCUCUCUGACACAUUGUUGAUUUUUUGCUGACAUACCACUUUUGUUCAACAGGUGCUGCCCAACAUCUGUGAUGACAUGGUCAUCUUUUAUUAUUUCUGUGAUUGGAUCAGGAAUCUGCAACAUCGCGUGGACAUCGGGGGCGGUACCUCUGGAUUGGCAGACCGGGGUGGUGGUUCCUCUCUUUAAGAAGGGGAACCGGAGGGUGUGUUCCAACUAUCGUGGGAUCACACUCCUCAGCCUUCCCGGUGAUGCUCCAUCAGCCAGCAGGGGGCGUGUCCUGGCUGCAGCCCCUCCCUGCGGCGACGCCUACAGGAUAGGAGCGCUCCCUUGCCGCCGGAGUCCCGCACGGCCGAGCCGCGUGGCGCGGAGGCGGCAGAGAUGGGCAGCCCGGGUUACGAGGUGGCGCCGGUGGAGCCCGAGGAGGUGUGCGCCGAGUGCGGCCAGGUGCACCGCAGCCGGGAGAACCACCUGUACAACUACGGCCUGGAGGUGGACGACGACCUGGUGUGCCACAUCUGCCUGCAGCCGCUGGUGCGGCCGCUGGACACGCCCUGUGGCCACACCUUCUGUGCCCGCUGCCUGCGCAGCUUCUUGCAGGAGAGGGACUUCUGUCCGCUGGACAGGACGCGGCUGCAGCUGGCGGCGUGUCGGCGCUCCAGCAUCCUGGUGCACAAGCUGCUGGACAAGCUGCCGGUCUGCUGCCCUUUGACCCCAGUCUGCUCCCUCAGCAUGCCCAGGUGUGACCUGGAGGCACACCUCAAACACAGGUGUCCAGGAACGCUCUGCCAGCAGACCAGUGUGGAGGCUCCCCACAAGGACAGCGGGGACGAGCGAGCCAUGGUCAGAAGUCCUCCCCGCUCCCCGCAGACCCACCUGGAGGACCUCACCCCGCCCCCGCCCUCGCCCCCGCCCCCGCCCGACAGCGGCGAGGGCGAGGUGUCCAUGAGGACGGAGGAGGUGGGAGUGGACAACCCCGCCUUUGAGGAGAGCACGGAGGAAGAGAGUGUGCUUCUCCCCAGAGUCAAGCGUCCUCUCAGCAACCCAUGCAUCCACCUGCUGCGCUCUGUCGGCUCCGCCUCCUCCGGCUGGGACUGCCCGGAGUCUCCGCCUCUUUCCGCAGAGGAGGGCUGCGUCAAGCUGCCGCCGCUCCCCGAGGGCCAGAUAACGGCGGUGGAGGUGCACCGCACCAACCCCUACGUGGAGCUGGGCAUCAGCAUCGUGGGCGGCAACGAGACCCCCCUCAUCAACAUCGUCAUACAGGAAGUGUACCGGGAUGGCGUGAUCGCAAGAGAUGGACGCCUACUGGCAGGCGACCAAAUACUCCAGGUCAACAACGUGGACAUCAGCAACGUCCCCCACAGUUUCGCCCGCUGCACCCUGGCGCGCCCCUGCACCACCCUGCAGCUGACGGUGCUCCGAGAGCGGCGCUGUGCGUCCCGAGCCCCGCCCCCCACCCCCGCCCCGUGCUCCACCCCCGAGGGCAACCCCCCCAGCCCGGUGUCCGUGAGGAUCACCCUGCACAAGCGGGACUCCACGGAGCAGCUGGGCAUCAAGUUGGUGCGGCGGACGGACGAGUCGGGCGUCUUCGUGUUGGACCUGCUGGACGGGGGCCUGGCGGCCAAAGACGGCCGCCUGCGCAGCAACGACCGCGUGAUGGCCGUCAACGAGCAGGACCUGCGCCACGGCACGCCGGAGCAGGCCGCGCAGAUAAUACAGGCAAGCGGCGAACGAGUCCACCUGCUGGUUGGCCGACCCGACAAACCCACCCCGCCUCCAAACUCCAGCUCCGCCAGAGAUCUCUACUGCCUUGAUCACUUCCUGCCUAACCACGGCGCCGGUCCGGCGCCCGUGCGCCUUCCGCGCAGCAGCACCCACAGGGACGUCACCUGCCAGGAGAAGCACAUCACUGUGAAGAAAGAACCCCUGGAGUCUCUGGGCAUGACGGUGGCGGGGGGGCGGGGCAGCAAAAGCGGCGAGCUGCCCAUCUUCGUCACCAGCGUCCAACCGCACGGCUGCUUGUCCAGAGACGGGCGAAUCAAGCGAGGUGACGUCCUGCUGAGCAUCAACGGCCAGGACUUGACCUCCCUGAGCCACGGCGAGGCGGUGGGCACGCUGAAGGCCAGCGCCGCCUCGCCCUCCGUGCAGCUGAGGGUGCUGGAGGUCAGCGUGGUGGAGCAGCGCCACCGCGACCAGCUGCUGCCGCACGCUCACGACUGCGACUUUGACGCCAACUGGUCGCCCUCCUGGGUCAUGUGGCUCGGCCUGCCCAGCUCCCUGCACAGCAGUCACCACAUCGUGCUGCGCAGGAGCCACCCCGGCAGCUGGGGCUUCAGUAUUGUGGGCGGCUACGAAGAAAGCCACGCCAACCAGGCCUUCUUCAUCAAGACCAUCGUCCUCGGCACGCCGGCGUACUACGACGGACGCCUCAAGUGUGGAGACAUGAUCGUGGCCGUCAACAACCUGUCCACAGCAGGGAUGAGCCACUCGGCGCUGGUGCCCAUGCUGAAGGAGCAACGCAGCAGAGUGGCUCUGACCGUGGUCUCCUGGCCCGGCAGCCUGGUGUAGGACCAGAACCUUCUAGUCCGAGGACAGAUAAGUGCCAUGCCUUCCACAGACUGUUCAUCUCACACUUCACAGUGGACCUUGGAGGACCUCCUGACCUGAGGUCUUAUUAACAAUCAUGAGUAACCUGCCCUCCAUCACCAUGACAACCAGCUGUACUUUUAUACAUGUCCUAUUUCUUUAAUAAAGAUUUCCUGAAAAAAAAAAAAAAAAAAAAAGCCCAUUUGCUGUAGAAGUGAAGUUUUAAUUGAUUCAACAAAAGAAUUAGCCAACAAAAAAACUUUAGUAAAUUAAUCUAACAGCCUGAAGAUGGUGGAUCAUCCAAACGUGUGCUCUGCAGUUUAGAAGACAGCAGCUGUGCCUGUGCUGCGCUCCACCCCUUCUUUGGAAGCUUCUGGAACAUUUGAGAAGAGAUCAUGACGAGUGAGAGAACUUUCCACACCAAAGUUGUGGCAGCA